AUGGACUCCAGUUUUUGCCUCCCCAGCCCUAUUGGCAUCUUUGGAUGCAGUAUUGCCAAGAGAGGAUUGGCAGUGGGAUUUCAUUUUCUGUCUUUUUUUUCCAUUACAGGUAAAAAGCUUCCUACAACUGGAGAAGUGCACAUCUGGGUGAAGGAAUGCCUUGAUCUACCACUGCUAAGGGGCAGCCAUCUAAAUUCUUUUGUUAAAUGUACCAUCCUUCCAGAUACAAGUAGGAAAAGUCGCCAGAAGACAAGAGCUGUAGGGAAAACCGCCAGCCCUGUCUUCAACCACACUAUGGUGUACGAUGGGUUCAGGCCUGAAGAUCUGACGGAAGCCUGUGUAGAGCUUACCGUCUGGGACCAUUACAAAUUAACCAACCAGUUUUUGGGAGGUCUUCGGAUUGGUUUCGGAACAGGUAAAAGCUAUGGUACUGAAGUGGAUUGGAUGGACUCCACUCCAGAGGAAGUUGCUCUCUGGGAAAAGAUGGUAAAUUCCCCCAACACUUGGAUUGAAGCAACCCUGCCUCUCAGAAUGCUGUUGAUCGCCAAGAUUUCCAAAUGAACCCAAAGUCCACUGGCUUCUUCACUGAAAACUACUAAGCGGGUGGAAUUUGAUCUUGAAAAUUUGACUAUGUUGACAGAGAUCCUCACCUUUUAUCUACUGCCACCAACAAAUGCUACACAAUAUGUUAAAGUCAACCUGCAUGUUCUUCUUUGGUUACAAGGUCCAAGAGAUUUAAAUAAUAACAAGAUGUUUAACUUAUUCAUGACUCCAACAUUAAAGAAGAUGUUUGAGAAAGCUAAGAAAAUCAACCUGUUGCUGCUGCCAAAGAAAAAGCUGCCAAAAAUGAAAAUAAAAUUAGAUAUAGGACGUUGUUAAUAAGCAAAAUUUUUCAGUUUGCUGUCAUGUGUUUCACACCACAAUACAGUUAGGAGGGCCUGCCACCUGAGCAUUGAAAACCCUUACAGGAACUGAACAAGUUGGUCAUGGAAAAGAGUGACAGAAAGAUACUCCUACAAGGGGAAAAACGGGUAGAAUAUCAGUGAUGAUAAAGAAUUCGACUGUAAGAAAACUAUUUACUCUGUAAUCUCUAUUGAAAUAUAGAAUUCCAUGUUAGGGCAAUGAAACUGAAUACUGCAUGUAUUUCUGCCUUUAGAAUUUCCCUUUUUCCGGUGUUGAAGUCUCAAAUGUGCUUUGGUGCCACCCACUGGCCAUAGGUGGAAUUCCACUUUUGGCUUAAUUUUUCUCCUAAAACAAGUCUCAUGCCUGUAUUUUGUAAUAGAGUUACCUGUACGUAAAAACGAAAACAAAAACCUUGCGUGUAUAAGAUUCUGUUUUUAUUAUAACUACUAUAUGAAAGCAGCAUGGGAGUAUUCACAGACAUGCCUUGUAACAAAGUUUUAAUUAGAAUGUCAAUUGAUAAAUUACACUGUACUUCCUAUAUGUAUAAUUUUCCUAAAUAUUUUAUAAAAACCCUUAGAAUAAAUUAUUAUAUGAUUUAA